GCAUGUUGCCAUGUCGUGGCAUUAACUUUAACGCAACGUUGAUAUUUUAUUUUCAUCGCUGAUAUGUUUUUUCUCUCUCAUUGUAUGUCCCGUAACACAGCUGGUCUUUAUAAAACAUGCGAUCAUCAGGUGUUUCUUUGAGGACCUCCAACACAGCUCAUCUGAGUCAGCUGGAGCAGCUGAGCACCGAGCUGCUGCUGUGAGGGGCGCGGCCUCCCCCUCUCGGCUCCCUGCUGCCGGUUAGCGUCUCUGUAACCGUCACUGGAGGACGGAGCGCUCCGUCCAUCCAUCCAUCCAUCCAUCCAUCCAGCCAUCCAUCCAUCCAUCCAUCCAUCCAUCCAGCCAUCCAGCCAUCCAUCCAUCCAUCCAUCCAUCCAGCCACAGCAGCGGCGGAGAUGGCGGACCCCGCAGCAGAGACCACCAUCAAAGUGGUGUGCCGUUUCAGGCCGCUAAACAGCUCGGAGGUGGCCCGGGGAGACAAGUACAUCCCGAAGUUUCAAGGGGACGACUGUGUGCAUAUUGCGGGUAAACCGUACCACUUUGACCGCGUGUUCCAAUCCGACACAACCCAGGUGCAAUUCUACAACGCCGUGGCUCAGAAGAUUGUCAGAGAUGUUCUGGGGGGCUACAAUGGGACCAUAUUUGCCUACGGGCAGACGUCCUCUGGUAAAACACACACAAUGGAGGGGAAACUCCACGACUCAGAUAUGAUGGGAAUCAUUCCCAGAAUUGUCGAGGACAUCUUCAACUACAUCUACUCCAUGGAUGAGAACCUGGAGUUUCACAUCAAAGUUUCAUAUUUCGAAAUCUAUUUGGACAAAAUCAAGGACUUGUUGGACAUGUCAAAGGUCAACCUCUCUGUGCACGAGGACAAAAACAGGGUGCCCUAUGUCAAGGGGUGUACCGAGCGCUUUGUGAGCUGUCCCGAUGAGGUCAUGGAUGCCAUCGACGAAGGCAAAAGCUGCAGACACGUGGCUGUCACAAACAUGAACGAGCACAGCUCCAGGAGUCACAGCAUCUUCCUCAUCAACAUCAAGCAGGAGAACUCUCAGACUGGACAGAAACUCACCGGCAAGCUGUACCUCGUCGACCUGGCCGGGAGUGAGAAAGUGGGUAAGACGGGAGCAGAGGGGACGGUGCUGGAUGAGGCCAAGAUGAUCAACAAGUCCCUGUCUUCGCUGGGAAAUGUCAUCUCGGCUCUGGCGGAGGGCUCGAGCUACGUGCCGUACAGAGACAGUAAGAUGACCAGGAUCCUACAGGACUCCCUGGGAGGGAACUGUCGGACCACCAUGGUCAUCUGCUGCUCACCGUCCGCUUUCAAUGACGCUGAGACCAGGUCCACGCUGAUGUUUGGACAGAGGGCAAAGACCAUCAAGAACACCGUGACCCUGAACGUGGAGCUGACCACGGAGCAGUGGAAGAAGAAGUGGGAGAGAGAGAACGAGAAGAACAAGACGCUGAAAAACACCGUCACCUGGCUGGAGGCCGAGCUCAACCGCUGGAGGAGCGGAGAGAGUGUGCCGGUGGAGGAUCAGUUCGACAAAGAGAAGGCCAAAGCAAAGGUCCAGGCCCUGGACAGCACCCUCAACAACGAUAAGACGGCACCCGCGCCGGCCCUCAGCACCCUCCCUGGGGUCAAACUCACCGAGGCAGAGACGCAGAAGUACGGCGCCGAAAUGGCCAAGCUCUACAAAGAGCUGGAUGACAAGGACGACGAGAUCAACCAGCAGUCUCAGCUGUUGGAGUCGCUGGAGCAGCAGAUGUUGGACCAGGAGGAGCUCUUGGGCUCCUCCCGCCGUGACCACGACAUCCUGCAGACAGAGCUGAACCGGCUGCUGGCGGAGAACGAAGCCUCCAAGGAGGAGGUGAAGGAGGUGCUGCAGGCCCUGGAGGAGCUGGCCGUCAACUACGACCAGAAGAGUCAGGAAGUCGAGGACAAGGCGCAGGAGUUUGAGGCCCUCAGUGAGGAGCUGAACGAGAAAUCGAGCUCCUUGGCCUCCAUUGAUUCUGAACUCCAGAAGCUGAAGGAGAUGACCAACCACCAGAGGAAGAGGGUGACUGAGAUGAUGUCAUCAUUACUCAAAGACCUGGCUGAGAUCGGCAUCGCUGUGGGGAGCAACGACAUAAAGCAACAAGAGAGCAGCGGCCUCAUUGACGAGGAGUUCACCAUGGCCCGUCUCUUCAUCAGUAAGAUGAAGUCGGAGGUGAAGACGAUGGUGAAGCGGAGCAAACAGCUGGAGAGCUCCCGGGCCGAGAGCACCCAGAAGAUGGAGGAGACGGAGAUGGAGCUGAUUGCCUUCCGGCUCCGAGUCUCCCAGCAUGAAGCCAAAAUCAAGUCCCUGACAGACAGCCUCCAGAAUGUGGAGCAGAAGAAACGACAGCUGGAGGAACAUGUGGACUCUCUGAAUGAGGAAAUAGUCCGGAUCAAAGCCCAAGCUUUACUCUUUCCAGAGAAAGUCAACACCAUGGAGAAGGAGAACGAGAUCCAGUCUGCCCAUGAAGUCAAGGACGCGGUGGAGAAGCAGAUCCAGUCUCACAGACAGGUCCAUCAGAAGCAGAUAAGCAGCCUGAGAGACGAGCUGGACAACAAGGAGAAGCUCAUGACGGAGCUGCAGGAUCUGAACCAGAAGAUCAUGCUGGAGCAGGAGAGGCUGAAGGUGGAGCAUGAGAAGCUCAAGGCUGCAGACCAGGAGAAGAGCCGCCAGCUGCAAGACCUCACGUAAC